AUGGCCGAACGUGCGGCGCUGGAGGAACUGGUGCGGCUUCAGGGAGAGCACGUGCGGGAGCUGAAACAGCAGAAGGCCAGCGCGGAGCAGAUCGAGGAGGAGGUGUCACAACUACUCAAACUGAAGGCACAGCUGGGCCCUGAUGAAGGGAAACACAAGUUUGUGCUCAAGACCCCCAAGGGCACAAGAGACUACAAUCCCCGGCAGAUGGCAGUUCGGGAGAAGGUGUUUGAUACAAUCAUCAGCUGCUUCAAACGCCAUGGUGCAGAAGUAAUUGAUACACCUGUGUUUGAACUAAAGGAAACACUGACUGGAAAGUACGGGGAAGACUCUAAGCUUAUCUAUGACCUGAAAGACCAGGGUGGAGAGCUGCUGUCCCUUCGCUACGACCUCACUGUUCCUUUUGCUCGGUAUUUGGCAAUGAACAAACUGACCAACAUUAAACGCUACCACAUAGCAAAAGUGUAUCGGCGGGACAACCCAGCCAUGACCCGCGGCCGAUACCGGGAAUUCUACCAGUGUGAUUUUGACAUUGCUGGGCAAUUUGACCCCAUGAUCCCUGAUGCAGAGUGCCUAAAGAUCAUGUGUGAGAUCCUGAAUUCACUUCAGAUCGGGGACUUCCUGGUCAAGGUGAACGAUCGGCGCAUCCUAGACGGGAUGUUUGCCGUCUGUGGGGUUCCUGAUAGCAAGUUCCGUACCAUCUGCUCGUCAGUGGACAAGCUGGACAAGGUGUCCUGGGAGGAGGUAAAGAAUGAGAUGGUGGGAGAGAAGGGCCUCGCACCGGAGGUGGCUGACCGCAUUGGGGACUACGUCCAGCAGCACGGUGGGGUGUCCCUGGUGGAACAGCUGCUCCAGGAUCCUAAACUGUCUCAAAACAAGCAGGCCUUGGAGGGCCUGGGAGACCUGAAGCUGCUGUUUGAGUACUUGGCCCUGUUCGGCAUUGCUGACAAGAUCUCCUUCGACCUGAGCCUCGCUCGGGGGCUGGACUACUAUACCGGAGUGAUCUAUGAGGCGGUGCUGCUCCAGACCGCAGCCCAGGCAGGGGAAGAGCCCCUGGGUGUGGGCAGCGUGGCUGCUGGAGGGCGCUACGAUGGGCUGGUGGGCAUGUUUGACCCCAAAGGGCGCAAGGUGCCGUGUGUGGGACUCAGCAUUGGUGUGGAGCGGAUCUUCUCCAUCGUGGAGCAGAGGCUAGAGGCACUGGAGGAGAAGGUCCGGACUACAGAGACACAGGUGCUUGUGGCAUCCGCACAGAAGAAGCUGCUGGAGGAGAGGCUGAAGCUGGUCUCAGAGCUGUGGGAUGCUGGGAUCAAGGCUGAGCUGCUUUACAAGAAAAACCCCAAGUUACUGAACCAGCUGCAGUACUGUGAGGAGGCGGGCAUCCCGCUGGUGGCCAUCAUCGGGGAGCAGGAGCUCAAGGACGGGGUCGUCAAGCUCCGUGCGGUGGCCAGCAGAGAGGAGGUGGAUGUCCGAAGAGAAGACCUUGUGAAGGAAAUCAAGAAGAGAACAAGCCAGCCCCCUUGCAUCUGCUGA